AUGGCACCCAGCGUAAUUGUCGUCGGUGGAGGCUUGUCCGGCCUCAGCGCUGCGCAUACCGUCUACCUUAAUGGCGGAAACGUCGUUGUCCUCGACAAGCAAUCUUUCUUCGGUGGAAACUCGACCAAGGCCACCUCGGGUAUCAACGGUGCCCUCACCCGCACACAAGUCGAAGCUGGCAUCCCCGACAGCGUCAAGCAGUUCUACGAUGAUACCCUCAAGUCCGCGAGAGACAGGGCCCGCCCUGAUCUCAUCAAGGUUUUGACCUACAAGUCCGCCGCCGCCGUCGAGUGGCUCCAGGAUGUCUUCAACCUCGACCUUACUCUGGUCUCCCGGUUGGGAGGUCAUUCUCAGCCCCGAACACACCGUGGCCACGACGCCAAGUUCCCCGGUAUGGCCAUCACGUACGCCCUCAUGCAGCGACUUGAGGAGCUCGCCGAGACCGAGCCUGAGCGCGUCAAGAUCGUCCUCAAGGCCCGCGUUACCUCUCUCAACAAGGAGGGCAAUGUUGUAACUGGUGUUACCUACGAGCACAACGGCGAGAGCCAUGUCCUCAACGGCCCCGUUGUUCUCGCCACCGGUGGUUAUGCCGCCGACUUCACCGAGAAUGGUCUCCUCAAGCAGUACCGCCCCGACACCCUCAGCCUCGCCACCACCAACGGCACCCAUGCCACCGGUGACGGCCAGAAGAUGGUUAUGGCCAUCGGCGGUAACGGCAUCGACUUGGACAAGGUCCAGGUCCACCCUACUGGUCUCGUUGACCCCAAGGACCCCGACGCCAAGACCAAGUUCUUGGCUGCUGAGGCCCUCCGUGGUGAGGGUGGUCUCCUCCUCAACGGUGACGGUGACCGAUUCUGCGAUGAGCUCGGCCACCGUGACUACGUCUCCGGCAUGAUGUGGAAGGAGAAGGACAAGAACAAGUUCCCCAUCCGACUUGUCCUCAACUCCAAGGCUUCCAACGUCCUUGACUUCCACACCCGCCACUACUCUGGCCGUGGUCUCAUGAAGAAGAUCUCCGGCAAGCAGCUCGCCAAGGAGAUUGGCUGCACUCCCGAGCACCUCCAGAAGACCUUCACCACCUACAACGCCAUCGCCGAUGGCAAGGUCAAGGACCCCUGGGGCAAGAAGUACUUCCACAACACUCCCUUCGACAUCAACGACGACUUCCACGUCUCCCUCAUGGAGCCCGUCGUCCACUUCACAAUGGGUGGUGUUGAGAUCAACGACAAGUCCGAGGUUCUCAACCACGAGGGCAAGCCCUUCGAUGGUCUCUACGCUUGCGGUGAGCUUGCCGGCGGUGUCCACGGUGCCAACCGUCUCGGUGGUUCUUCCCUCCUCGGCUGUGUCGUCUACGGCCGUGUUGCCGGUGACUCCGCCAGCAACUACCUCUUCCAGAAGGUGCUCAGCGGCGCCUCCACUGGUGCCCAGAGGCUGGGCCUUAUCUCUCUUCACAUCGACCCUUCUCAGCCCGGUAAGGUGACCGUCGAUUGGAGCGGAUCCGCCUCCGGCGCCGCUGUUUCCGCCCCUCAGGUUCAGGCUUCUGCCGCCGCCCCCACCGCCGAAAAGUCGGGUAAGCCUGGCCCCAAGCCAUUCAAGAUCCCCGAGACGGAAUACACUUUGGAAGAGAUCGCUAAACACAACAAGAAGGAUGAUCUCUGGGUCGUCGUCAAGGGCGUCGUGCUGGAUCUAACCAACUGGCUCGAUGAGCACCCCGGUGGUCCUCAGGCUAUCCUUAACUUCAUGGGUCGUGAUGCUACGGAGGAGUUUGAGAUGCUUCACGAUGAUGAGGUCAUUCCCAAGUAUGCUCCUGAGCAGGUGAUCGGAAGGGUGAAGGGUGUCGAGCCCACUCUUGAGUUUUGA